AUGGGCUGUCACGGCCACAUCUCGGGCUUGUUCCGCCGCAACCUGCAGCCCACGCUCACCUACUGGAGCGUCUUCUUCAGCUUCGGCCUCUGCACGGGCUUCCUGGGGCCCACGGUGUCCGACUUACGCUGCCAGACCCACAGCUCGCUGCCCCAGAUCUCCUGGGUUUUCUUCUCGCAGCAGUUCUGUCUUUUGCUGGGCAGCGCUCUGGGGGGCAUCUUCAAGAGGACGCUGGCCAAGUCACUGUGGGUCCUCCUCACCUCAUCUCUGACCAUCUCACUAGUGUUUGCUGUCAUCCCCUUCUGCCAAGAUGUGGCGGUGUUGGCUACAGUCAUAGCCAUAGCUGGUCUGGCCAUGGGAUUCAUAGACACAGUGGCCAACAUGCAGUUGGUGAAGAUCUACCAAAAGGAUUCUGCUGUCUUCCUCCAGAUUCUUCAUUUUUUCGUGGGCUUUGGUGCCUUUUUGAGCCCCCUCAUCGCUGACCCCUUCCUUUCUGAAAAUGAUUGUCUGCCAACCAAUGCCACGAACUAUGAUGGAGACCAUUUCCGAAAAAUCUUGACACCCCACCAUGCUCUUCCCAACAUGACCCACCAUGAGCUGCCUGCCCAUGCCUGGGUAGGGAAUCAGAUGUCUUAUGCCUUCUGGAUCAUGGCCUUGAUCAAUACUGAGUUGUCAGUUACCCUCCAGAAGGGUAAGCCACAGGUACCACCUCUUCCCCAGCAGCCCAUCCAGCUGGGAAAGGGCUACCGGCCCUCUCAGGGCUAUUCCCUCCCAUCCCCAACCAUCUCCUGGGACGCCUUCUUCCUCUUCCUCUUCCCCACCUUUGUGACCCACCUCCGGACUCCCUCUUCCCUUCCUCUGGUCAACACCUGCACUGGGCUUCUCUUGGACAGUCCCCUCUACCUCUCCCACUCCCCCCCUCACCCUACAUUCCCCAUUGUUCUGGAAACAAUAACUGCUCAGCGGGUCAGAGGAAAAGCUCGCUUUGGGGUCUCCCUUUCCUACCACCACCACACAGGUUUGUUUAGCAGGGACCCAAAGUCACUGCGCCUGAACUGCCACAGGAGGGCUGACUUAGAGGCCAGAGAAGCUGGCAUUUUAGAGCCCUCUAAAGCCUGCCAAGGGCACCCAGAUAAUGCCACUUGGCAGACAGACCUAAGGAAGAGCUUCCGCUCUGGAGACGCCCAGCCCAGCUCUUCCAGUCUGCAGACGAGGAGCCGCAGCCUUGCUUCGAGGAUCCUCGUGGCUCGUUCCCAGGAUCAGAGGGAGCGAGUGACAGGCUGGCCUCGACCCCUGGACUCCCGACUCCUGGCCCAGUGUUCUCCCCUCCACUUCAGUACCUCCUCCAACCCACCUGCCUUCCCCAUCAUGACGAAGCUUGUUCGAAACCCGCCUUCCACCGUGACCCCCAGGAGAGGGCAUGGAGACCUGUUCAGCUGUUGUCAAAAGAAGAAUUUUCAAGGAGCCUCUUGUUCCUUCUUUGCCAUUCACAUCACUGCAGCCCUGGUGCUAUUCAUGACUGAUGGAAUUAUGGGUGAAUAUUCUGCCUUUAUAUACACCUACGCAGUAGAUGAUCCACUCUUCAUAGGACAUAAGGUAGCUGGCUACCUUCCCAGCAUCUUCUGGGGCUUUGUCACCUUAGGCCGGCUCAUCUCCAUCCCUAUCUCUUCUCGGUUGAAGCCAGCCACCAUGGUCUUCAUCAACUUGGUAGGAGUGGUGGCUACCUUCCUGUUCCUCCUCUUUUUCUACCACAGCGUCAUCUUCUUGUUUGUGGGGACAGCCUUUCUGGGGCUGUUCCUCAGCAGUACCUUCCCCAGCAUGCUGGCCUACACUGAAGAUAUCCUCCAGUAUAAUGGCUGUGCAACCACAAUGCUGGUGACAGGGGCAGGAAUUGGGGAGAUGACACUCCAGCUGUUCAUUGGCUCAAUUAUUCAUGUACUGGGCAAAUACAGCUUCCUGGUCUGUGGAGUGAUCUUUGGCUGUCUGGCUUUUACCUUCUACAUCAUGCUUCUGUUUUUCCACAGGAUAUACUCCAGGCCCUCAUCAGGCCUGAUCUCUAACAAAUCACCAGGGAUAGAAAAUUCUGAAGUCUACCAGUCCUAAAAAGUCAGGUGAAGAAGACAAAAGGAGAUUCUUCCCCCAGAAGCCCAACACAGAUCCCCCACCCUUGCUUGAUAAUGCUGGAAGAGAGGUCUAAAAUGUUGUUUAAAAUUGCUCCUCAGGAAAAAAAUAAUUUAGACCAACUCUUAGGGCACUGGCUUCUCUUAGGGCAAAUCACCACAAGCCUAUUUGGCCAUUCCAACUCUCCUUCCUUGCCUGUUUUCCUGGAUCAAACUGCUAAGAAUUGCCUAUGCUGUCCAGAUGGGAAGAAAAGGAAUACACCAACAUAUACAACUUUGAUGCCUCCUGGACAGGACCCCUAGGGUCUUGACAUUCACUCUUGCAUAUCGUCUGAAAGAGAAAUGGAACCAGGCUUAAAAGAUGAUGAUGCUCAGUGAAACCUGACAAAUGUAGAUAGAUAUAUUUUAAAUUAACCUAGAUGAACCCUGAGCUAUUUCCUGAUGAGCUAUAUCCCAAAAGGAACUACUGCGCUUUACUUGGGAUCAAUCCAGGGGGGGUCUUGGCUUUGAUGAUCCCCCAAACUUCAGUAAUUCAUCUUCACUGUAAAAUUCUGGAAGGAAAUUUGAAUCUUGAUGACUCCAGGAUAUGAACAAUACAUGAUUAGUCUAGGAAAACAGAAGUGAGGGACAAUGUCAUAUUUUCUGUUUUCUCUGAUCCUGUGUGGAUGGAUGGAUGAGUGGGGUGGGUGGCUGUGGCUGGAGAGUUCUAGAAUCAGCAGAGAUAGCAGUGAGAAUUUCAAAAUAAGAUUAAAGCUUUACCUCUUCAACUUAGAAAGAUCUUCCUCUCCAUUUUAUAUCAAGAUAUUUCAUACAGCACAGCCAAGGUAAAAAGAGAAGCUGGGGCUGCCUAGUACUUUUAAAAAGCUGCACACUACAUUAAAAGUAGUGAUGGGAAAGGCAAGUUAGGAACACUGUACUCUAUAGAGUAUCAAUGACAAUGAGAGAAAAGCACGAUAUCACUUUGGCUUUUUAAAGAAAUAGAUACCAGUGAUUGAAUAUAUUCUGCACUUUUUGGAUGCAUCAACAGUACAUGUUGAUACAUCUAUAUAAACAUGUUUUUAUAUAUU